AUGACAACUGCAACCUGAGCUGGUGGUGAUGAAACGCCGUCUAACCACCAGCGGUGACGCGUGUCCAGAGCGUUCACCCAUCAGCUCUUCACGUAACCCCACGGAUGGGAAUAAAGACACAGGGGACCGCGGCUCGACCAGCCGUGUCAGACGGGUAAAAGCUGCGUAACUGCAAGCCGCUUAAAUGAGCGAUAGAGCCGAGAUGAGAGGGCCCGCUACCCGCCGGCGGAGGACCACCACCUCCGGCGGCGGAGCCGCAGCGGCGAAACACGCCAACGGGAACAAGUGUCAAGGUGCCGGGGAUAAACCGCCACGACGUCCCGCUACGGUCAAAGCUAACGAGGGGGCGAGUAACAGCGGGAAGUCGAACGGAGAGAUGGGGGCGUCGGAGCAAAAACAUCCCCCCGACAGUCCGAAGAAGCAGAAAACUGUGGUGGAGGAUUUUAACGAGAGGCUCAGCUGUCACGUCCUCCAGGAGUCUCUCUUAAGUUCAGCCAGCGGCUACAGCAACUACAGAGGCAUCCUGAACUGGUGUGUUGUCAUGCUGGUGCUGAGUAACGCACGCCUCUUCUUGGAGAACAUUAUAAAGUAUGGUAUCUUGGUGGACCCGAUCCAAGUCGUGUCUCUCUUCCUGAAGGACCCUUAUAGCUGGCCAUCAGCUUGCCUCAUCAUUGUGUCCAAUGUGUUCAUCUUAGCAGCCUUGUACACAGAGAGGCGUCUGGCUGUGGGUACCAUUUCCGAAAUGACAGGAAGCAUUCUUCAUAGUAUUAACCUGACAUCCAUGUUGAUCUUCCCUGCAGCCACUGUACUUAUUGUGACGUCCAUGACCCCAGUGGGCGGCGUGCUCUCGUUAGGAAUCUACACGGUUCUGUUUCUCAAGCUGUACUCCUACCAAGACACCAACAGGUGGUGUCGAGAAAUCAGACAAGCAAAAGCCAAGAGACUAACACGCUCAUACUCAUGUCCGACCGUGUCGCAAUUGAAUGGUUCGGCAGUUCAUUCUCAUGUCUCCUAUCCGGGCAACCUCACCCACAGAGACACGUACUACUUUGUCUUUGCCCCAACCCUGUGCUACCAGCUGAACUUCCCGCGGUCCCCUCGAAUACGCAUACGGUUCCUGCUGAGAAGACUUUUUGAAAUGCUUUUCAUUAUGCAGCUCCUGGUGGGGUUGAUACAGCAGUGGAUGGUUCCCACCAUACAAAACUCAAUGAAACCAUUCCAGGAAAUGGACUUUUCUCGGAUGGUAGAGCGCCUCUUAAAGUUAGCUGUCCCGAACCAUCUGAUAUGGCUAAUAUUCUUCUAUUGGUUUUUCCACUCUUCUAUGAACUUUGUGGCAGAGCUGCUGCAGUUUGGAGACAGAGAGUUCUACAAAGACUGGUGGAACUCCGAGUCGGUCACAUAUUUCUGGUCCAACUGGAAUAUCCCAGUUCACAAGUGGUGUCUGAGACACUUUUAUAAACCGAUGCUGAGGAAGGGAGUCAACAAACUUCUGGCUCAAACCGCAGUCUUCCUAAUGUCUGCCUUCUUCCACGAGUACCUAGUGAGUAUUCCUCUGAAGAUGUUUAGACUGUGGGCCUUCAUGGGAAUGAUGACUCAGGUUCCCCUGGCUUGGUUUGUGGGUCGAUUCUUGAAUGGAAACUAUGGCAACGCUGCUGUGUGGAUCUCUCUCAUCAUCGGCCAGCCUGUCGCUGUGUUGAUGUACGUCCACGACUACUAUGUCAUUCAUCACGGGGGCACGACAUAGUGCCGGACAAGCACGCGCACACACACACACACACAAACAAGUACACCAGCGUGCAGGACAACUCAAUGAUUGAAAGGAGACCAAGUGAAGGUGACUUUAUUAAAAGCCCUAUUAAUUUGAAAUAGUCGUUUGAAAAGCAGCGACUUAAGGGAAAUACUUUUUGACUUGUUGAUUUUUGCACUAAAGGGAAAUGAACCAUUGUAUGCCGCGAAAUGAUAUGAAAAUGUUGUUUGAGAAGUCCCUUCUUUCUCGCGUCCAAAGAAACCUGAGAAAUGACGAAGCCAGAUAAACCAGUAUUUGCAGUAUUUGUUUCACAGAACUUUAUAAUAACUAAAAGGACUUGUUAAACACGGAUGAUUGAAGACAUGGCACUGAAGGAAGAGAUGCUAGAACGUGAAGUAGAAACUGUAAAAGGGAGUUUUUGUGACCUUAUUUGUAGAGCCGUGGAGGUCCAGGCAGUGUCUCCUCUUCAGUCUCCUAACAUCGAUGCAAGCGUAACGCAACACAUGCUGCCAUGUGUUCUGUUAUGGCACUACUGUCUUUGUGUUGCACAAGGUUUAUUUUAUACUCGUAUCAUUUUGUCGGUGUGACUGUCCCAAUUUAUGCCAUAUUAUGAUUUGUUUAAUUUUAAAUGAAUAAAUUGAAUGCACUAGUUGAUUUAUUGAUUUGAACCAAUGAACGUUUUUUGCACUUUAAAGAGAUGCCUGCUGUUGACUUAAAGGUUUUUGAUUUAUAGAUUUAAUGUUUUUUACGUUAUAUCAAUUCUAGUGUAAGCAGUGCUAAUGACUUUGAAUCAUGCUUUUCAUUUUUUUCAGUUUAUACAUUCUAAAUACUUUUCAGAUAUCUUGAUUUGAUAAUUUAUUUAAAAUGUUGCUAAAAGGGAUAUCAUAUCAAAGUUAGAUGCUGUUUUUUUUCCUUCGUUUUGAACUGUUUACCAAAUACAUCGCAACAGUUGGCUGAAAAAAAUUACAGCCUUUCUUUGUAAGAUUUGUUUUCUUUUACAAUGCCUUUGAAUUCAUAUUUGAAAUACUUGGGAGCUGAUGACUUACUGCCCACGCGAGUUGUGUACAGAUGAAAUCCAACCCUUUAGCAGAAUGACACCUUUUCAAGUUUCAAAGCAGUAUUUUGUAUGGUUUCAUGAAAACAAGAUGUCACUUUGAAAAGCCUUAUCCAAGCAUAAACCAUAUGAGCUUAUUUGUAUUUGA